AUGGUGAAGGUAGCAACCUACUUUGCUAUGACUUUGGGAGCUUUUGUGUUCUGGCAAUCCAUGGAUAAAGUCCACGUCUGGAUCGCUCUCCAUCAGGACGAAAAGCAAGAAAGACUGGAAAGGGAAUUGGAAAUUAAGAGGGUUAGAGAAGAGCUGCUGCAGCAAGCCAAACAAAGGGAGACUCAAGCAUGA